AUGCCUCUCAACUCUUUGCCCCCAUCAAACUUUUCGGAGUUUGGUCUUCAAGAGUUAACCGACAUUUUGUUCGAAGAUUAUUCGAUCGACAAUCGAGAGAUCGAAGAAUGUAGAGAAAUUCCGCAUUCUAAUCAUCAACGAAGUGAUCCUCAAGUUAUGAUGGCUAUGGAUGACAAUGCUGAAGGGGAGAGUAGUGGCAAUGCUAAGCGAAGGGGAAGAAAGGAAAAAAUAGGAAGAAUUGCAUUUAUUACAAAAUCAGACAUUGAUAAAUUAGAUGAUGGGUACAAGUGGAGGAAGUAUGGGAGGAAGAAGGUGAAAGACAGCCCUAACCCAAGAUGCACAAGUGGAGGGUGCAACGUGAAGAAGAGAAUAGAAAGAAUGAGAGAAGAUUCAAGCUACGUGCUGACGACUUAUGAAGGAAUCCACAGCCACCACGCUCCUUACACUGAAACUACUCAGCCUGGAGCUAUGGCUGCUUCAUCAGUAAUGGCUGCUCUGAAUGGACUGAACUGUUAA